AUGAAGCCGAUCAGACUAGGCCGUGUCCGAACUACGCCGGAUCAGAUAAGCUGGACCCAGGCUGGCUGGGGGGGCGCUGUCCGAUCCGAUCCGGGCCGAGUCAAGAUCUAG